GUUUCCUCUCCAUUUCAUCACCAUAGUUCCUCUUCAGCUCGGCAGUCUUUCUCUGAGCUCAUUCAGUCGUCUGAGCCCACACGCUGAAGAAAAAUAAAAGUUUGCUAAAGCAUGUCAGCGUCCACACAGCUCUCACACAUGAUCAACCGAAUCGUGGAGGAGUUGAGUCCGGAGGAGUGUAAGCGCCUGUCCUACCUGUGUGGAGCUCUGGACGCUGACCGGCGCGCUGCAGAUGUCAGAGAAAUGCUGCAGUCUCUUAUGGGCCAGGUGGAGAUGGAUUACCUGUUUUUAAUGGAGCUGAUGCUGAGGAUGAGGCGCUAUGAUUUACUGAAAUGUGUCCUGGGCACCACUAAGACCGAGGCCGAGGGGCUUCUGAAAAACGGACGCAGUCUGUCAGACUACAGGGUGCUGAUGGCCGAGCUGAGCGAGGAUGUGGGCUCGGGGGAUUUGGAGUCUUUGGUAUUUCUGCUGAGGGGAACCUUACCGAAGGAGAAGGUGGAGAAGUUUGACUGUUUCCUGGACGUUGUGGUUGAGCUGGAGAGGCUGGAUCAGAUCUCCAGCAGCAGGAUGGAUGUGAUGGAGCAAUAUCUGAGAGCCAUCCACAGAGUGGACCUCGCCAAGAAGCUCAGUCAAUACCAGAGCCGAGCUGAGAGACCAGAACAAAGAUCCACACCGAUGAAGACGAUAGACGGCCGGCGGGCGUUCGCAGCAGCUUCACCAAACACCUUGACUGGAAUUCCACCCACUUCCUGCAGUACAAGUCAGGUUCUUUCCAGACCCUGUGCGAGUCCUGCAGCUCUACAGAGACCCCCAAACAGCAGACACUGGGAGAGACAUGAAGACGUGUACAGGAUGCAGAGUGAUCCCAGGGGAGUGUGUGUGAUCAUAGACUGUGUGGGAACUGAAGGAGCCUGUCUGGCACAGGUGUUUGAAAAACUUCACUUCCGCGUUAGUCUGCACAGUCUGCUGAGUGUCCAGGACAUGCUGUCCACUCUGCAGAACAUCUCCAAACAGAGGGAGCACUAUGCGGCAGAUGCGUUCGUCUGCUGUAUCAUCAGCCGGAGCUGUUCGUCUGACUUGCUUGGGACUGACACUCACGGUCCAGGGUUGAGUGUGGACUACGUCCGGCAACUUUUCACCCCAAACUUUUGUCCUGGUCUGGCAGGAAAACCCAAACUCUUCUUCAUCCAGGGCUACGAAGUCUCAGGGCCUCAGUGGUAUGGAGGCUGCGCUGACUUUUGGGCUUAUGGAGCUGGAGAGCUGGAGACAGACGGGCCCAAGCCUGUCCCCUACAGGCCAGAGGUGGUUCCAGCAGAUGCAGAUGUGUUUUGGAGCCACUGCUGGACAGACGAGCAACAGCUGGAAAUGGUCAACCACCGUUCGGCCUACUUACAGUCACUGAGAGACGCCUUACAGGAAGGACAGAGAAGGAGGAUUAAUCUGAUAGACGUCCACAUGGAGGUGAAUCGAGCCGUGUACGGUCACAAGCACAGAAACCCGCGGUCAUCGUAUCACGUCAAUCUCAGACACACGCUGAGGAAAAAUGUCUACCUUUCAUGAAAUUCAUGAUUGUGAAUUAUUGUCAGUACACAUUUUUGUGUAUGAGAUCAUGAACAGAUUCAGACUGAAUUGCCUUUGAAUAAUUGUAUCAAUU